CCUAGUUUUUUAUCGAUGAAAAGACGAUCAGUAGAUCGCGAAUUAGUUUUUCACUCACACGAGAGGAAUUUUCAUCAAUUAUCAGUGAUUGUCAUCAUGAUGAAACCUUGGAGGGAUGCAGCUACGGUUAUUCUCGCUGCCAGGCAGCAGCAGAAGAUCAAUCAAGCGGUGACUUCGGCUGUUUUUCAGUACGAUUACAAAUUACUUGGACUGAAACGUCAGAAGAAUGCGUCAUUUAUGCCAGGACAUCACGUAUUUCCCGGUGGCACUGUUGACCCCGCUGACGCUGAUCUGCGAUGGCAGAACCUCUACUCAAGAUUUGGAUUUGAUUUGACGAGCUUUUCGUCUCUGCUUCCUAGGGCAACGACUAGACCCCCGAUUUUUAAAUCCAGGAGGAAUGAGUUACCCAGGGAGGUCUCACUGAGAAUAAGCGCUAUUCGAGAGACCUUUGAGGAGUGCGGAGUGCUUCUCUGCAGGCAGUCUAGGAAGAAGGGAAUUUGGUCCGACUGGGCUGAGAGUUUUGAAUUUGACAAAGUUGAGAAGAAGAGCUGGCAGGAACGCGUCCACAAUGAAGCAAGUGAGUUCUACAAAAUGUGCGAGGGUCUCCACUGUUUCCCAGACGUCUGGUCCCUUCACGAGUGGAGCAACUGGCUGACCCCGCCAUUCAUCUCAGGAAGGAGAUUCGACACGAUCUUCUUCCUCGCCUGCAUGCCCUCAGAACCAGAUACUCAGUGUGAACCUUCAGAAGUUGAGGAGUUGAGGUGGGAUCUGCCAAGGGAUUUGAUAAACCCCACAGCAACAAUUUCCCUCGCCCCUCCACAGCAUUACGAGAUUGGUAGAAUAGCGAAAUUCGAAUCGAUAGAUAAUUUACUGGAUUUCGCUGUGGAAAGAAGUAAAAUUGGAAGUCACUUGAUUUGUGCAGUCAAAGCUAAGUUGUCAGACGGAAUGGUCUUCCUCCUCCCUGGAGAUUCCAUGUACCCAAAAGACCCCAAUUUCUCGGAAGCUCAGGAUCUCGACUUCACUAACAUGACGAUUGCUGAAUUUCGCAGUACUUCAGAAUGCAAAAACCGCCUCGAGCAAUACGAUAUCGAAGUGAAACGUGUCGUCUCUGAGAAUAUUGACUCCAAGGAUGGCCACCUCAAUCCUCUCCCACUGGAGACCGUUCACGUGAAGUCCAGAGUCAGUAAAUUGUGAUUAUGAAUUUGUUAGUGAAAAUUUGUUCAUUUGUUUUGUCAAAUAAAUUCUAUUUUCGCUUCCGAUUGGAAGCUUUGUAA